AUAAUUCAGUGACAAUGAAAAGUAACAUCUAUUUAGCACACACACAAAAAUUGAUUGCAAUAAAUCUUUAAAGAAAAAAAAGAACUAUUUUAUUGUGGUCUAAAUUAUUGUGUCUAACAUUAAUACAUCUGUACAUAAUGGGUGUUUCUCAUUUUUAGUUGGCAGCACUUAAUGAUGCCAAAAUUAUUUUUGAUAAACAAAUCUGGAUUUAUUUUUGGCCAGGAAGAGACAACAAGGAAUGUCGCGAAAAAUAAUUUUUGACGCUCACAUUCAUGAUUACCUAGUAGUACUUAGUAGUACCUAUGUUCUUUUGGAGAAAUAGAAAAGACUGCAAGUUGAUUCAAAAUGGCAGUUUUUGGAGUUCAGGUAGUCUUUAGCCUUGUGAUGUUCACGUUUCUUCACAAAAUGGCACCUUAUUAUUCACUGGGAAGGUGGAUUAUGUCUAAACGAUUAUAUCGCUACUUACAUCCCACCAAUGAAGAGCUGAAACAACUCAGUUCUGGAAAUGUCCCAGGCAAGUCAAAUACAAAUCAGUCAGGCAAAAAUAAAAGAAGGAAGAACUUUACCAACCCGAGUUCUGAUGAAUCAUUUACAGUUCCACGCAAUAUCCCACUUGAGCUGGAUCAGGCUCCUGUUGAAGAUAUAGACCUUGUCAGUUUACAGUAUUAUUCUGAAUAUGUGUGGCUGAUGGACUUUUCAUUUUGUGCGCUUAUUGUCUACGUCCUGACAGAGAUCUAUUAUAUUAUCUCACCUCACAGGAUUGAAUUUAAUUUGAGUGUCUUGUGGUGUCUUCUGGUCGUAGCUUUUUGCGUGAGAAUCUUAGCUAGCCAGGCUUGGCUGUACAUGAGAACUGAAGAGGGUGGGGAGCGUGUCCUGUUGUUUACUUUUACAUUUUUCUUCCUGGUAUUUGCAAUGGGUGUCCUUGUGGUAGGAGACAACAUCAUAGAGUUUGGGAUUGAGAAAGGUUAUCAAAACUUCUCCCUGAGUGCUGUGGAGUUUCUGGAAAAACAGGGGAACACCUCCCAUGGGCCCCUUUCUUUCCUCACCUUCAAGAGUGUGCUUGCUCUCCUUGGCAUGUUAGUUGGAGGCCUGCUGACAUUUCCAGGCCUGCGGCUGUCCAAGCUGCACCAAGAUACAGUGAAAUAUACAAGAGAUCGCAAAAUGGUGAACAUGAUUGUCCAAAUUAAUUACCUUUUGCCACUUGUGUUGAUGCUGCUGUGGGUGAAACCAGUGGGUAGAGAUCUUCUCUGUGGGAAAGCUAUUAAGUUUGGUAAAGCUUUAUUGUACGAAGAUCAGUUUGAUGGUUUCCGAUUACAUCUUUUGCUAUUGAUGUGUGGCUUGAGGUUUCUUCUGAUGCCUUUGUUUUUACAGUCACAUCUAAACCUUGCUUAUGAGAAAGUAGAAAAUAUGAAAAAAGAAAGUGGAAGAAUUACAAAUAUUGAGCUACAAAAAAUGGUCGCUAGAGUGUUUUACUAUUUAUGUGUUGUGGCCAUUCAGUAUGUCGUACCGGUUCUUUUGAUAAUGUUUCUAACAUUUCUGCUAAAAACACUGGGUGGACUUUCUUGGGCAAGUUUGUUUGGAGAGACAGCGGUUGACUUCUUCACACCUGCGCCUAAGCCACAUAUGUCUUUUCCUAAAAUAAAUGCUGAGGGAACAGUGGGGUCUAUCAUGGAGUCUGCUGCCCAGCUUACUGGUGCUCUUGGGGACAUCAAAGGCAUAUUCAGUCCUGUUUGGUACAGGGGCAUUAUCACUUACUUCCUCUGGUGGGUCUUAACUGUGUGGUUCACCAGCACAUCAUUGGGCAUCAUGUAUUACUCCCAGUCCUCAUAAAUAUCUGUACUAGCUUGGUUUGUGCAAAGAAUUUUUGAAUAUGGAGCUAUAAUCUCUUUAUAAGCAUGUUAGUGAAAAGAUUUUCGUGUGUCAGCUCAGAUGUGAUUGUUUUUCCUUUGUACCAUGCAUGGCUGGGUGAAAGGGAUGUUAAAUCUUAUAUUUUUUUUAAAGCAGAGAUGUGAAUACCUGACUUAAAGUGCUAAAUCAAUGAUGGUUGAUUAAAAAUAUGAAUUCCAUGAAUUCCUGAUGAAUCAAAGUUUGGAUUUAUAUGUUUAGUUUGAAAAGUGGAACUUUCAAAAUGUCUAAACAGGUUGUAUGUAUUAAUGUUGAAAGCAGUAUAACAUGCUUGACUUUGCAUUUAUUUUGUAAUCUAUUUAAGACUUAUUAAAUCAGAGCAUUUUUUUUAAUCCAUAAGGUUUCUCUUUAUUCAGUUUUGCAUUUUAAUUUCAUAUUUUAUGUACAUACACUAUAUAGCUGAAAAACAAAACAGCUAUUGUAUCACUUCUGUUAGCUGUAGAAGUUAGGAAAUAAUCUUAAGGGCUUAUUCAUUACAUAACCGUUAUGUGCCAUUUUACUUUUGAAAGAAAGUAGUGUCAAGAAAUAUGGCAUUCAGUUUCUAAAUAUAUAUUCAGAUUAUUUAAAAAUAAUCAUAUAUAUACACCGGUAUGUGGUUUUUCAUUGGAACUAUUUUUAUACACUGUACAAAUGUAUACUUAAUUAUAAUGAUCUGCAUACUAUUUUAAAGCAAUUGUCAUUUAAUUUUUUUAAUUUACUUUUUGUACUGAUAGGCUUUAUUUUAUAGUGUCCCUAAAGUAGAUUAAAAAAUGAAUUCUGUGCAUUUAAUAUCUCAACUUGUGAGGAGCGUCCUACCAUUGUCACAGAAGGAUAACUAUAAUAAUACAUUUAAACAUAGCUAUAGACUUUGACAAACCUAAUUACAAAGGAUGUUUUUAUUGAAUGCCUUUAUUUUGUUCUGUAUGAAGUCACUGCAGAUUAAAAUGUGGCAAAUCGUUUUUAAAACCACAGUGACUGAUAUACGUUUGCAAGCCUUACAUUUACUUCUGACUUAUCUAUCUUCAAUUCUUCUGCUUUUACCUGGUCACCGUUUUGCUAGAUUUAGUCAAACUUGUUCUAUUUUAAGAAUCAAAGUAAUCUGCCACGAUCCUAAGGAAAAGUUUUUUUUUUUGCAAGUUCAUUAAUUCAUGAAUGUACAACCUUUUGUUAACAAAAAAAAUGGCAUCUAGUACUGGUAUCCCAACAGAAAUAAUUUUUGCUGUUUUACUUUUUUUUUGGUCCUUUCUGUAUCUGUUCCAUUGGCCUCUAGUUUGAUGCAAGUUUUUAAAUGUAAAUUCUACUUAAAAGGUUUUUGACUAUGGUCAUGUUUUUAUAUUAACACAAAGAUAUUUCCCCUUUGCAUUACCUUUUGUUUUCCCAAAUAUCCAUCAUACUAUUCCAAAGUUCAAUAAAAGAACUGAGUGUAAAUCUAUUGA